UGACAUUAUUCGCCAUCUUGGGUUUUAACUAGUCGCGCACACUAUUACAUUUCUUUCUUUCCGGUUCAAUCAUGCCUUUCGAAAGGUUUGUUCAAACUGGCCGCAUUGCCAAAUGCUCAGCGGGAGCCUUAAAGGGCCGUUUAGUUACCAUCGUUGAUGUUAUAGACCAAAAUCGAGUACUCAUUGAUGGACCACUUACUGGUGUCCCACGUCAAGAAUAUAGAUUGAAUAAUAUGCACUUGACAAAGUAUCGCAUCAAAUUUCCAUUCACUGCACCGACAAGGAUCGUGCGUAAAGCUUGGGUAGACAGCGAUUUGAAAAAUCAAUGGAAGACUAGUGCCUGGAGUGCCAAGGCAACAAAUGUUUAUAAGCGUUCACAACUGAAUGACUUCGAUCGUUUUAAAUUGCGUUAUGCUAAGCGCCAAAGGAAUAAGUUACUUACUGUUGCCUUUAAUGCUUUGAAAAAGCGUACAAAAGAUGAUGGUACUCCUCGUGUUCUCAAAAAGGAUAGACGCGACCGCAUUCGUGAAUUGAAAGCCAAGGGCAUCAAAAAAGGAGCUGCCAAGAAGUAAAAAAUGAACGACAGAGCAUUUGUACUAGUAGCUACGUGCAAAAAAUAAAGUUAUUUUUUAAGAUAAAAAUUAAAAA